GAUUAUUUUAUUUUAUUUACAAUAUGUUUCACUGUGGGAAUUAAAUCAGUAAACGUUUUAAAGCUGUGUACCUGAACCUGAUUAACUGGCAUCUCGCCAAAACAACAUAUUAUACCUUAAACAUUGACGCACCGGCUGUAUUCAUUGGAAGCAGAACUUAAGUCCUAGUCACAAUUAGUAAGGACAGUUUUUACACAUCCUCCAGCUCAUUCGUACUAACUGGUUCCUAUAACUGGAAGAUAUUCAUCGGUUAUAUAGGGGGGAAAUGUCACGGUGACAAUGGACAAGACAACUACAUCAAGUCCAAGCUCAAGUCCGAGUUCCAGGGUGAUCAAACCCAGCAGCCUUGGUGCCAGAGGACGCCCAGCUGCGGCUAGCGCAGCCCGGGAAAGGAGCAGAGUACAGACUCUGCGGCACGCUUUUUUGGAGCUUCAGAGGACACUACCGUCAGUACCACCAGACACCAAACUAUCCAAACUGGACGUCUUGAUUUUGGCCACCACCUACAUCGCUCAUCUAACUAGAACUUUGCAAGAAGAUGGAAUACAAGCGGCAGAAAGCACAAAACAAACUGAAGUGUUAAACGCCAUGAAAGGCGAGGGUUAUUUGCACCCAGUUAAAAAAUGGCCGAUGCGAUCCAGAUUGUACAUUGGGGCUACUGGAAAGUUUCUGAACAACUUGGGUGAAAAGGAGGACUCGAGCCAUACCCAACUACCACCUGCUUCUCGGUCGUAAAUUACUUGGAACUUGACCAUGUGGCCCUCUUCAUGUUUGAUGUUUAAAUCUUACUUUUGUUAGCGAACGAUGACGUCGUUUUCUGAAUUUUUAUGAAAUGACUAUGCAUGGCACCUCCCACUUCAAGAGUUUUGAACUGAGAUGUUUUUCCGCUACAUUAUGGUUUAAUAAUGUAAUAAUGACGUAAUAACGCCAACAUAGAGAAAUUGCAGAAAUGAACACACAUUCUUGUUACAGUUAAACGCGCGUCGAGACAUUUCAGUCGUAUUACGUAUUGUGAAUCGUAUAAACCUUCAUGAACUGUUUGUAUAUAUUUUCAACUUCUUUUGGACUCUUUAUGUACUAUAACUCUGUAGGUUUUGGUAAUUUAACCUUCCAGCGAUGACGGGCAUGAUCAUUUCAUGUUUGACACGCUGGUUUUGCACUUUCAUUUGAAGCACUUUCACUCAAAGCCCAUUAAUCAUGUCAAAAAAUUCUCACUAGGUAACCAUAUUUCCAUAUUAUGUGACAAGAAAAGUUGCAAACACUGCACGUACAUUAUUAAGUAAUAAAAUUACGGGAAUAGAUCGAACCCUUCAGAUUACAAACGAAUCUAUGUGUUCGGUCAAAAACGUAGGCCUAUUUUUCCGUUACAAAAUGACAAACUUAAAAAAAUUACAUUUUUUUUUAUAAAAGGAGGCCUAUUUUAUGGUACCGUAUUAAUGUAUAUGAAAAACUAAUUUAUCAAACAGUAUUGUGUAUUUUUAUCAUUUUCAUGUUCAGUCCUCUGUUCGAGUAACUAAAAGAUUUAUAGGUGAAAAAGAAACACAUCAAUGAAAAGAAAAUGACCAAUGCAAUUACCAGAGUUCCUGUAGUGGCGUAGCCUAACUAUACACUGUCAGAAAAAUGGGUACAGCCCUGUUUUGUUUUUGGUCCUCAAGGUACAAACAACAUUAAUGUACCCCCAAUGGUACAAAAUUGUUCCUCAAAGUAGUAGUACAUUUCUGUACCUUGAAAGGUACAUUUACCUACAGCUAGGGUACAACUGGCAGAUCCUUGAGGGUACAUCCACAGUGACUGUGACGUAUUGACAAGUAUUGGUACUUUUUUCCUGAAAAUGUAUUUCAAUUUAGCUUUAUUUUUUACGUCUUAUUUACAUUUAUCCGGUGAAUUAAUUACUAUGGUACAUUAAACUGGUCAACUUUAAACCUUUAAAACUAGUUUUGAAACCUGUAGGCUACAUGGACUGAAAAAAUGAGUAAAAUAACUGUUGUCGAAUUUACGGAUGCCGUACACUCAACGAAAAAAAAUACAAAUAAAAAUCGUUGGCAUAUUUCAUCAUUUAAGACAUCAUGCUCCAAAUUUACUUUAAAAAGCCACAUGUACAUACAACAAAGCAGACUUAAUCGGUUUGAAGUUAAAAAGAUUAUUCAAGCGCAUUCUUGGGACAAACAGACAACCACCAGCGGCCCGUACUACGAAGCGGGGUUACUGGCUUGUGGGUAACUUGUCGGAUUUAAGCUACCACAGUUUAAAUGAACUUCAUAUUCGUUCACUUACAUUUUGCCCAGACUACCUUAAAUCCGACAAGUUACCCCGAUAAGCCAGUAACCCCGCUUCGUAGUACAGCCCCCUGGUUUAAUAAACAUUUACUCCGGCGACAUUAAUCUCCCCUUCCAGGGCAACAACACAGAGAAUUGGGGUGUGCUGAUGCGAAGUAGCUAUUAUUUCCACAGUGACCCGGCAAUGCUCGUUGCAUACGCAGAAGGCACGCCGUGCGCAUGCUCCGGUGCCAGUACAAAGAGCAUCGACAGCCGGAAGGCGCUCUUUUGCGCUUACUUCAGCCUCAGGGGAGCGAUGGCGGCUGCGAGACAUAUGGUGUUAAAAGGGCCUUUUCUUUCAUUUUGCUCUGGAAAUGCUUGCAUCGAACUAGUCUGGGACUCUGGGUGUCCCUGCCAUUUCUAUUGAACUGUGUGGAAACCUGAAUGGCAGAUGCUACAGUAGAUGGGCAUGAAAAUUACCUGAGGAGAUUAAGAGCCAGGUGUUGAAAAUGGCCACUGAGUUGGAGAUGUACAGAUGAAGGUUCUAGACCCAAAAUGAAAGUGUGGGGAGCCUGAGAAAUGUCCACGUAGACCAUGAUGUGGAAGUUAUCCAGAGGAUGGGCUUCUGCCAGCAAAGAUGGCUGUUUUAUUUGGGUGAGAAAUGGAUUUUUGUUGGACAGUAAGUGUAUAGCCUGUUUUAGCGGUUUGCUGAAACUGAACUUUUUUGGCCGUUUACCCAGCUGACUGUAUCUGGGGUGCUGAGAUUAGCAUUCUGAGUCAUUAACAACAGUUCUACAGGAGCCUAAGGUAGUGACUUUUUCAGCUAUGUCCUGGAAGCACAUGGGUUUUGUCAGUUCUUUUUAAUGACAUGUUCAACUGAAUAUGUAGCGGAUCCUCAGCCAAGUUUAACUGGAGUGGCACUCUGAUGCCUAUAAGGGUCAGAAUUACUAUUACAUGUUAGGUCAAUAUUUCGAUUGUAGGUGAAACUCCUCUGAACCUUCGAAUACUUGGCUACUGAGUGAAGUAGUUCCUUUAACGAAACUUCAACUGUGUGCUUCCAGUCAACAACUACAGUAAGGAAUUUAGAGUAAAACCUACAUGGCAUAAAUCUCAGUAGUUAGUUGGUCCCUGUAAACCAAAUUUCUCCUCCUCUGGGAUUUAAUGGAAACAAGGUUUUAUGAGAACCUACUAAGAGCUGCACAGUGCUUCUGUAUUCUAGCUGGCCCUUUGUCAUAAUAAACCACUUUAAACCUUA